AUAAACCCCCGGCGGCUCCUCGGAAGGCGAGUCAUGGCGGAGAUGGAAGCGAGCCUGUUGCGCCAGUACCCGCUGCUUCUGCCUCAGAACCGGGCGAAAACCGUGUACGAAGGAUUCAUUUCGGUCCAGGGUCGAGAUUUUCAUCUUAGAAUAGAGCUGCCUGAAGAUUUACAAAUGAAGGAUGCAAGAUUAUUAUGUAGUUGGCAACUGAAAACAAUACUUAAUGGAUACCAUCAAAUAGUACAACAGAGAAUGCAGCACUCUCCUGAUCUAAUGAGCUUUCUGAUGGAAUUGAAGAUGGUUUUGGAAGUUGCUUUAAAGAAGAAACAGGAGUUGUGUCCACCACCUCCUCCUCCCCAGUUCUACUCAAGCCUUAUUGAAGAGAUAGGAGCUCUUGGUUGGGACAAACUUGUAUAUAUGGAUACUUGUCUCAGUACUAUCAAGUUAAAAGCUGAAGAUGCUUCUGGUAGAAAGCAUAUAAUUACUCUCAAGUUGAAGGCAAAGUACCCUGCAGAAUCACCAGAUUGUCUUGUGGAUUUUCCUGUUCCAUUUUCUGUUUCCUGGACACCACAGCGCUCCUUAUUAAGCAUUCAUGGUCAGUUUUUGGCAGCCUUAGAAUCACUGAAAGCAUUCUGGGAUGUUAUGGAUGAAAUCGAUGAGAAGACUUGGGUACUUGAGCCAGAAAAACCUACACGGAGUGCAACAGCACGCAGGAUUGCACUAGGGAAUAAUGCUUCAAUACAUAUAGAGGUUGACCCCAAGCAUCCUACUAUGCUUCCUGAGUGCUGCUUUCUUGGAGCUGACCAUGUGGUAAAACCUCUGGGAAUUAAGCUGAGCAGGAACAUACAUUUGUGGGAUCCAGAAAAUAGUCUGUUACAAAAUUUGAAAGAUGUUUUAGAAAUAGAUUUUCCAGCUCGCACUAACCUGGAAAAAUCUGAUUUUUCUAUGGAUUGUGGGAUUUGUUAUGCCUAUCAACUUAAUGGUGCCAUUCCUGAUCAAGUGUGUGAUAAUUCCCAAUGUGCACAGUCUUUCCAUCAAAUAUGCUUAUAUGAGUGGUUGAGAGGACUGCUGACUAGUAGACAGAGUUUUAACAUCAUGUUUGGGGAAUGCCCGUAUUGUAGUAAGGUAAGGAAAUCAUUAAUCACGAUGCAUAAAGUAGACCUAGCUUUUAGUGAUGUGCUUUAGAAGAGCGAUACGUAGAUAGUAUAGCAGCCUACCCAAAACUGUUUGUUACCGCUGCUCUAUUUGUUAAAAAUGGAUAAAACUGUCCUUUUCAAUAACAUUUUGGUUUUUACAUUGCUCCUUUGAUCAAAAAAAGUACUUUUCAAACUGUAUCAUGACACUGUUUUCUAGUAUAAAGCAGUCUUAUUUUUUAGAAUAUUCACAAACUUACUUUGUUAAAAAUAUAUUCUUUUUAUAAGCCAAUUACCUUGAAGAUGUCUGGGAGGAAAUCCUAAAAUAAGAAUGUAACAUUUCUGUGAAGAACUGGUAACUUUAAAAAUUAUCAAAAGGAUUUUAUUUGAUAUCUUCAGAGAAAGUAUAAAGUAAGACCUACUAAAAUCAAAAGAACAAGAACGAUAAAGCCGUAAUAAUACACAUCCGCCUCUGUGUCUUCACGGAGAGUAGAGUCUCUGUCCUCCAUUCCAGUUGAAGUAGAUGUAUACCAAGAUGAAGACUUUGAAUUGUUGAGUAUAUCUGGACUGAUAAAAUCUUGAUAUGGCUCAUAAAGUGAAUUUGGGAACUGUGUAGAGCUGGGUUUUUCUGGAGAACUUUUUCUUUCGUUCAGAAUUUGAGACUCACAGUACUUUUGUCUUCUCCUUGUGCUUUCCUAUGAAAAAAUAUAUAUAUUGUGUUA